AUGAGUGCGACGAAGCGGCACCGCGAGGAAUCCUUGGAUUCUACCAAGAAGCAAGUGAAGCGCAACGAUGCGAGCAUAUCAGACGAGCGUCGAGAAAAAUUGCUGCUCCUUGCGAUGGCACCGUAUGAACGGCACAAGCUCCUCGUCAACACAUAUCUCCUAACGAAGCCGGGCGACACCAAGAUUUUUGAGAGGGACACGUCGAACGAUCGAACGCCGUUCGAUGCCCUUGUGGAGCAUCAUCGGUUUGUUUGGAAAGCCAGCGACUCUGAAAUAUCGUGGGAAGGUCGUCUGGCGAAAAGAUAUUACGAUAUGUUGUUCCGGGAGUAUGCCAUCUGUGAUUUAUCUCAGUAUAAAACAGGUAAUGUUGCCAUGCGUUGGCAAACAGAAAAAGAAGUACAGACAGGGAAAGGCCAAUUUAUUUGUGGUAGCAGGAAGUGUCAUGAAUCUGCCGGUUUACGGACUUGGGAAGUACCAUUCAGGUAUCAAGAGCAAGGCGAGAAGCGGACAGAGCUAGUUAAACUCCGGCUUUGUGCGGCGUGCAGCAAGAAAUUAAAUUAUGGACAUGGGAAACGAGAGGUGACGAAGUCCAGAAAUAAAAGAUUGAAGGAAGAACGGAAACCAGCUGCCACAGAUGAAGUUGCCGAGGCCAGCACAAGUGAACCAAGGACGCGUCCGUCCGAAGUUGACGAGAAACCUAUUGUGGAAAAGACCGAAGGAAGUACGAAUCGUGCGUCAGAAGAUAUUUCUGCAAUAUGGUCAGCACCUGCUCCGGCUUCAGAAGAGGAAGGAUUAUCCAGAGAUGAUGAAUUCCAAGCGUAUCUGGAAGAUUUGUUUUUGUAGUAGUGAUGAAUAAAUUAUUUUGUGUUGAUA